AUGACAUCAAUUAAGCCGUUUCAGAUUGAGGAUCUUCUCGAUGUCAACCCUGUUAACUUGGACCCGCUCACAGAGAGCUACAAUGUGCAGUUUUACCUCGAAUACUUGAUUCAGUGGCCGACGCUCUUUUUCAAAUCGACAGAGAUCUCCGAUUUUGCAAAUGUUGAAAAACGGGAAAUUAGCGGUUAUAUGAUGGGAAAGGCCGAGGGACAACUAGCCAAGAAGGAAUGGCACACGCACAUCACAGCUGUGUCGGUGAACAGUUAUUAUCGUCGACUUGGUCUCGCAUCGCAUCUUUGUUCUGAACUUGAAAGAUUGACCAAGGGACCCCCCUACGAGACACUCUUUGUGGACCUUUUCGUCAAGGUUACAAACACAUUGGCCCAACAACUUUACGAAAAACUUGGCUACAGCGUCUACAGAAGGGUGGUUGGAUAUUAUGGAAGAACACUACCCACAGAUUCCAGCAAAAUUGACGAUAAAAUAGAUGCCUUUGACAUGCGCAAACUGUUGCCCAGGGACGUAAACCGCGAAACAGUACGGGCUGACGGAAAAAACCACAAUGUCUUGCCGCAAGAUGUGACAUUUUAA